GACGACCACUACGAAGACGCCGAUGGCUUUGCGCGGACCGAAAAGGCAGCCCAAGCCUCUCAACUCAACCUCAGCGCACGUCUCAGCAAAGAAGGCGAGACGGCGCAAGGCGGAGGUUGGGCGGAGAUCAGGCGCCUCCUCCUAAUCGCCCUCCCCGAAUGGCGCUCCCUCGGUCUCGCCUUCAUCUUCCUAAUCUACAGUAGCACCAUCAGCAUGAGCAUCCCUUUCUCCAUCGGCAAGAUCCUCGACGCCGCAAGCGCGCAGUCCAGCACUCUCUUCGGCCUGUCCAUGGAGCAAUUCUACAUCGCCCUCGCCGCGCUCAUCGCGUCGGGCGCCUGCGCAAACUAUGGCCGCAUCAUCUUCCUCCGCAUCGUCGGCGAGCGGAUAGUAACGAAGCUUCGCAGCCAACUCUUCAAACGCACCUUCAUCCAAAACGCCGAGUUCUUCGACGCCAACCGCGUCGGCGACUUGAUCUCCCGCCUCGGCAGCGACACCAUAAUCGUGGGUAAAAGCAUCACACAAAACAUGUCCGACGGCCUGCGCGCGCUCGUCUCCGCCGCUGCUGGCGUAACACUAAUGACCUACGUUAGUCUGAAACUCACCAGCGUCAUCGCCCUGGUCUUCCCCAUCAUCGGGAUAGGCGCCUUCUUCUACGGCCGCGCCAUCCGUAACCUCUCCCGCCAGAUCCAGAAGAAUCUCGGCACUCUCACCAAAAUCGCCGAGGAACGACUAGGAAAUGUGCGCACUUCUCAAGCCUUCGUGGGCGAGCAACAAGAAGUCCGACGCUACAAUAAUCAGGUCCGCAAAAUCUUCACCUUGGGGAAGAGGGAAGCGUAUAUAUCCGCGACCUUCUUUUCCUUCUCCGGCUUCGCGGGCAACAUGACGUUCAUCGCCUUACUGUACGUAGGCGGGAAUAUGGUCCGCAGCGGCGCCCUCUCCAUCGGCGAUCUCACCAGUUUUCUCAUGUACGCCGGGUACGCGGGGAGUAGUCUCUUCGGCCUCUCCGCCUUCUACAGCGAACUGAUGAAAGGCGUCGGCGCCGCAUCCCGACUCUUCGAACUGCAGGACCGCAAGGCGGAGAUCAGCCCGACCCUCGGCGAUCCCGUGAAGAGUCUCCGCGGUGCCAUCGAGUUCAAGAACGUCGCUUUCUCCUACCCCACCCGCCCGGCCGUGCGGAUCUUCAAUGAUCUCACCUUUGAGAUUCCGGAGGGAAGUAACGUCGCCAUUGUCGCGCCUUCGGGUGCGGGGAAGAGUACCGUGGCGAGUCUGCUCAUGCGGUUCUACCAGCCCAGUGCUGGCACGAUUCUGAUUGGGGGCAAGGAUAUCAGCACCAUGAAUGCCAAGCAAUUGCGUCGCAAGAUCGGGUAUGUGGGGCAAGAACCUGUGCUGUUUAGCGGCACGAUCGCGGAGAAUAUCUCCUAUGGUCGUCCAUUGGCGAGUCGGACUGAGAUUGUCCGGGCGGCGCGGGAGGCGAAUUGUCAGUUUAUUUCUGAUUUCCCGGAGGGACUGGAGACGUUUGUUGGAGCGAGGGGGACGCAGUUGUCCGGCGGACAGAAACAGAGGAUCGCGAUUGCGCGGGCGUUGUUGAAGAAUCCGGAUAUACUGAUUCUGGAUGAGGCGACGAGUGCCUUGGAUGCCGAGUCCGAAACCCUCGUCAACCAAGCCCUUGCUCGCUUGUUACGUGGCAACAACACCACCAUCUCGAUCGCGCAUCGCCUGUCGACGAUCCAACGCAGCGACACCAUAAUCUGCAUCGGUGCGGACGGCAAGGUGGCGCAGGUGGGGAGUUAUCGACAGUUGAGUGAGGAUAGUGAGGGGGCGUUUGCGAAGUUGAUGGAGUGGCAGAUGAGUGGGGGA